GAUUUUGUGUAUACUAUCAAGUGGCACAGAGGAAAAAGUGAAGUGAAUUGAAAAGUUGAAAAGUUAUCCAAGCAGAAAGUAGAACAGAACCAUGUCGGAUUUCAGAUCCCAAUCUCGUAGCGGUGGAGGACGUGGCGGCCGCGAGGAGUUUUCCAACGACGACGAUCCGCCGAUGUCGCGGCUGUUCAUCAUUUGCAACAAGGCCCACUCGGAGGAGGACUUCCGCGAGGCAUUUUCGCCUUACGGCGAUAUCGAGGACAUUUGGGUGGUAAAGGACAAGCACACCCAGGAGAACAAGGGAAUCGCCUACGUCAAGUUCUCCAAGACCUCUGAUGCGGCCAAGGCGCAGGAGGAGAUGAACGGCAAGACCAUCGGCAACUUGGACCGCACCCUGAAAGUCCUCGUGGCAGCCAACCGCAAUCAGGGCUCGAAUAAGUCUGAAAACGAGCAGGAAAAGUAUGUAAGACUGUUCAUAGUGAUCCCCAAAACGGCCACCGAUGAGGACAUCCGCGAAGAGUUCUCCCAAUGGGGCGAGGUGGAACACGUCACAAUUGUCAAGGAGAAGAAUAAUGGCAGUCCCAAGGGUUUCGGCUACGUCCGCUUCACCAAGUUCUACCAUGCAGCUGUGGCCUUUGAGAACUGCUCGGCCAAGUAUAAGGCUGUGUUUGCCGAACCGAAGGGUUCUACUCGCUCACAGAAGGACCAGUACGGUCGUCCCUCCGAGGAUAAUGCCUUGUUCAGUGGCUCGGGACGUGGCAAUUCCAAUUUCAAUGGCGGAGGAAAUAACAGGGAUGGCGGCAACAACGGCAGCUACAACAACGACUGGAAUGUGUCGCAGAACAACGACAUGUCGGCCUUUCUACGCAUGCAGAAUGUCCCAGUGGCCCAGCCCUCUUGCCUUGAGGUAAUCGUCAGCGACUGCGUCAACCAGGAUCAGCUUUGGCGACUCUUCGAUAUCAUUCCCGGUCUAGAUCACUGCCAAAUUAUGCGCGAAAGUGGACCGCGGACCAAUGAAGUCUUAGUAGUGUACAACAACCCAGAAGCUGCUAUUUAUGCCAAGGAUAAACUUCAUGGCCUGGAAUAUCCCGCUGGUGAACGCAUCAUUGUCAAAGUUAAUGGAAUGAGCUCGGCUCGAAUCGACACAUCUUUUAUAGACAAGCGCACCAAAAAGGAGGCCAUCUGCAAUGUGCCCUUGCCCCCAACUCAGCCACUGGCCUCGCCCGACGCCCAGGUGGCCCAGCGUCUGUUCAUUGUGCUCUCUGCGAAUUUACCGCUUUCGAUCUUGAAAAACAUAUUCUCCUGCUGGUCGGGACUGAUCGACGUCUAUCUACUGCCGAACAAGAACUGCGGCUACGUCAAGUUUGCGGAGACUGAGAGUGCCCAGUUGGCAAUUGACACUUUAAACGGCGCCGAAAUAUGCGGCACUAAAAUUAAGGUCAUGGAGGCUGAGGAGCGCAAUGGAUCCGACGGCGAUGACGGUGGGCGCAAACGUCUAAGGCGUAACUGAGUACUUACUGACAACCAAGAACUUACAGAGAACGCAAUGUACGAGUACGUAACUAACUUGAGAAUACAGUCCGAUAAAAAACAGUUGAACUGACCACCACGCAACAACCAACCAACCAAUAACCAAACAACAAGAACAGCAACAACCACCAACACAUCAACACUCUCUAAACGGAAUGUCACAAGAACCACGAAGACAGGAGAACACAGACCGGAAACGGAAACGGCGAACUGAGAACGGAGACGGGUGAACAUACAGCCAACGAAUUCACUGCACCCAUUGACUAUUAUUGACUAACUCAAGGGGCUCUCGUACAGAGCACUUUUAGAAAGACUCUUUCGACCCUUAAACGGAUCCAACGAAACCGCAAUGCUUGCUAUAUCAUAUAUACAAAGUGUCGUAUAUAUGUGUAAACAUACCGCUUGGGGGACUUUUGAAUCUACCCGUAAUACAGAAAAUAACUGUAUAACAUAAACUAUUAAUAACGUAUUCCGACGAGAUACAGAAAACCGAUGAAUUCGAAUAUAUUGAAUUUCCCAAGAAUAUUGACUCUGUCUCGUAAACUCACGAUUUAGCCGUGCGUAAAAUACAUUUCAUUUCAUAUA